GAAUUGUUUGUGCAUCGCACUGAAUUUGAAAUUAGAAAUGGCAGCUCUCUUGAAGUCUCUUUGCUUUCUGAUUUUUCUUGUAAUAAUAGGAAUUGCCAGGUUUAAUCGAGUUGAUGGGGCUGGAGAAUGUGGGAAAUCCAUCACUCCUGACAGAGAAGCUUUCAAGCUGGCACCCUGUGCAUCGGCAGCCCAAGAUGAAAAUGCUGCAGUUUCUGCCCAAUGCUGUGCUCAAGUAAAAAAAAUUGGCCAGAACCCAGCCUGUCUUUGUGCUGUUAUGCUUUCUAAUACAGCUAAGAGUUCGGGAGUCAAUCCAGAAAUUGCAGUCACCAUUCCCAAACGUUGCAACAUUGCUGAUCGUCCUGUGGGCUACAAGUGUGGAGCUUAUACACUGCCUUGAAGAGCAACAUCAGUCGUGUGGUGUUAUGUAGUAAUACUUGCUUCUACGAAUGUGCUGGACUCUGCAACCUGGUAGCUAGUUCUUUCUAGCUAACAAAUAUACUCUACAUCCAGGAUCUGAUAAUAAAAUAUAAUAUUAAUGCUUAAUAUUC